GUGGAAUCCGGGAAAACAGGGAAAACCUUCAAAUUUCAAAGGCAAGCACGAUGUUUUUAUGCAUGUUCACCGAUUUCUCCGUCACUUGUGUGAUUGUUUACUUGGACGACGUAAUUUUCACAAAAAUGGAUGAAAUAAAAAAGUUUUAAUCAAAAAAUAAACCGUUUUCGAUUUUGAAGUCGGGUUUAUUUUUGUUUAAUUUUAAAUAGUUUUGGUUUUAUGAUGUUUAUUAAUGAAGUUUAUAUUGCCGAGUCCACUACAACUACUAGGUAAAAUAUAUAUUUGAAGAUUCUAAAAAAAAAUGUUUUAUAUUUAUUACUCCUCUUAACGGUACCCUUAGUACGAGUUUUACAAUUACGAAAACUAUGAUAGUUUUCGUGAGCUCGCAGUCGUACUAAGGGUACUGAUUUUAUUGUUUUCGUUUCAAUACAAAUAAACAAUGUUUAAAUUCUAUCAUUAAAUCAUUUGCAAGACACAAAUUUUAAGUAUAUUUGAUUACUUUACACCAAAAUGGACAUAGAAACGUAAUUUACAAUUACGAAAACUAUGAUAGUUUUCGUGAGCUCAAACUCGUACUAAGGGUACGGGUUUCAUGGUGUCGCCGACUCGAGAGAUUCGAAUCCCGCUGGGGGCAGAUGUUUGUGUGAUGAAUACGAACAUUUUACUCCAGUCAUAAAAUAUGUUGAAUAUGUAUUUCUAUAUAAAUAUACUUACAUGUAUACAGGAUAUGUAUUCUAUCCGUUACCCUAGUAUCCCAAAACACAGGCCUUAUAGUCCUUACUUUGGGGCUAGGCUAAUUGGUGUGUGUUUUGGUAAUAUUUAUUUUAUUAAUUUAUUUACUUGAUUUUUCAACAAGAACAUAUUCUGUAAACCCAAUGUAUUUACUUUCGUCAGACAUACGAUAUUUUUUAGUUAAGAUUUAAGACUCGAUAUUGAAUCUAUUUUACAUUAUUUGCUUUUACAUUUAAGUGUAAAAGGACGCAGUGUCUAUUCAUUAUGUUUGCAUAAACACUGGACAGCAAAUUGACCGGAUCACCCUUUAGUACCUUGGAUACAAAAUACCUUGGUGCUCAGCUUCUGUUCUUUGCUUCUGCUUCGAUUUAAAAAAAUAUAUACAAUAAAUCUUACAAAUAUCAUAGCUAUAUCUACCGAAAGUAUCUUUCAUGCUGAUUAAAAUGACAAAAAAAAAUGCUAACGAUUUGCUUAUUUUUCAAUAAAGUUGCGAUCAUUAUAGGUACCUCCCUAUUUUUAAAAUGAAGAUAGUCUGAAACUUCUUAUAUUUUUUUUAGUUUUUGUCCAUCGUUUUCACAGACCUGUGUAUUUUCGGUACGAUUUUCACUGCCGAAUAACAACAGAAUAACGACUUUAUUUGAAAAAAAUCUCAGUAAAAACAUUAUAAAUUGAUUGAUCUCAAUAGUUUUCUGUUUAUAAUAAUCAUCAUGAAACACACUUUCUAUAGGUAUAACUUUCAUAGUUGUAAAUUUUAUACUUGAAAAAUCAAAUCAGAGUUCCGCGGUACCAAAUUACCAUGUUUAUUUGCUGUCUUACGUAGGAUAUGUGCUUUACUAUACUAAGGCUAUGUUUAUCACACCUAUGAAAAAAAAACAUUACAUACAUAUUUGUGAAAGACCUAGAUGUUUCGCAACAAUAGGUAACCCACUCACUUAGCUGUAUCAUUAUUGUAGUUAAAAAAAUACAUUGGAUUUGUCAACCAAACGUGGCACAUAACGCUUAUCUGUUGCUCGUUCGAGAUAACGCUUGUGGUGGAAAUCGCACUCCAUACCUGCCCGUGAAGAUAUCACACGAUUCAUUAAAUUAGAACGUAAUUAAUUAUGAUAGCAAUUACUAAGAAAUUAAUGUUAGCGAUUCGAUCAUCAUAUUGACUCGUGGUUCCGGCACUGUUUGAACAGGUGCUGACUGCGCGUGCGCCAUCGAUGGCAAAAACACAUUAUGUAUUUAGGUACACAAAGCACUGUUCAGGUAAAAUUGUAUUUAUUGAUCAUUCAACAAUAAUUGCACUUAAUGUUUAUAACGUUAUUCUACAAUAAUAAAUCAUAUUAACAUUAAAAUCGAAUAUUCUCAUUUGAAUAUAGUAAAUAAAUAUACAUUAAAAAAAUCAAUAUCACUAUUUACUAUAAACGAAUUGUAGCAACUAGGGUAUGUAUGUACAAUAAAUUUAUUCAAUGGCAAAUCAUAGAAGGCAAAAAGUAUUUUACAUCAGCGGAGGGCGUGGGAGCGGCGAGACGAGCGCGCGCCCCGCGAGCUGGCAACGCCGCGCGCGCGCGCAGCCUUCGUUGCACCACUACGUACGGUACGGCCAUUAUAUUAUGUACAAACACGCUGUGACAUCGCGACACAUCCACCGCGACGACGCACAACACGCACACUUCACACGCGGCUACAGUUUCUUGACGAUGUCGAACUUGGACUUGAGGUCCAUGGGCACCUUCUUGGGGUCGACCUUCUUCUUGGCCGCGAGGUGCGCGCGCAUCUCCGCCGCCGUCAUCUGCAGGUUGAGCCGCGGCGCCUCCUUGUGCUGGGCCGGCGGCGGACUGUCCUGCUUGUUGCCGGCGCCGGCGCUGGCGACGACGGGCGGCGCGCGCUGCUCCGGCACCGCGUCCAGGUCCGGCACCGGGUCUCCGGGCGCCGGCGCCGCCACCAGCAGCUCCGCGUCGUCCGGCCGCUCCUUGAUGCGCGCCACCACCUGCUUGUGUGUCUCGCCGGCGAUGCUGUGCCCGUUCACCUCCAGGAUGCGGUCACCGCGCUUCAAGCCCGCCGUCUCCGCCGGCGAGCCGUCGUCCACUUUGCCGAUAUAUUGACCCGGUUUCCCUUUUUCCGCGUGCAGGUUGAAACCGUACCCGUCGAAGUCUGGCGACUUCCGCACGUGGCAGAGCCGCGGCUCGGUCGCCGCUGACCCGUUCGCGGACAUUCUGACUGCGGUAGUGACACCCGCGCGGCGCUAGGACUGGCCCGAGACUGGUCGCGCGCGUCCCUCCCUCCGCAGCGAGGCUGGCGCGCCCCCGCCGCCCCGCGCCCCGCGCCCCGCCCCCCUGUCGCACCUGCCCUGCGCCCGCACACAGGUGAGAGGAGCGCGGGGCGAGGAGGCGGCCGUCGCCAGUGUGCAGUGAGUCGCCGCUGAGGCGCGAGGUAUCGCCGCGAGUGUUGUGUGUGAAAGCCGGCCAGGAAAAGGUGUCACAUCCCUCCAAGAAGUUCGGAAUCAUCGAGAUAGCAAUCUACAAGACGACUGCACGCGAGACUGCGCAAAGACUACAGACAGGGUGGUGCAUUGUAAUGGGAGCCCGCGUCUGAGGGCCUCUCAUGGCGAUGCGCGGGGGCGGCGGAGGGGGCGGGGGCACCGCCAGGUCCCGCGGGGAGACGCAGAGGACCCUCGACGAGUUCGACGAGCUGGCGGGGCUGAGAGGGGAGCGCGGGGAGCGGGGAGGUUCCACAUCUGAUGGAAGAGCUCUCUAUGUGCUCGAACACCUGGCCACAUUCACGGUCACUCGGGAGACCGGGAUCGUGUACCCCGCCGAUGGCAUGCGGAGGCUACUGCAACUUGAGAAGACUAAUGGAAUAUGGAGCCAAAAGAUGCAAUUAUGUUUAGAAGGGCAGUGGGUGCUCGUCAUGGACUACGAAACUGGGUCCAUAAUGGAGCGAUUCCCAGCGUCGUGGGUACACUCACCGACGGCAUUCACAUCUCCGGAGCCCGCGGAGCUUUACAACAACGUGGUGGCGUUCGUGGUAGGCGCUCCGACGGAAGGGGGUACUCCCUCAUCUCCUGCGCCCGCGCCUGCGCCGGCCAACGCCCCGCCUCGACGAGAGCUGCACAUCUUCCAGUGCCACGACGUCGCCGCGCAGGCGCUGGUGGAAGAAUUGAACGCGCUCAAGGGCGUUGGCAGUGGUGGAUCGGGUGAAGGCGGACGCGAUUUCAUCAUCGAGAGAGAAAGAGAGCGCGAGAGAGAAACUGAAAUGGACAGACCACGGAGACAGCAAAUGUCAGCGCAGCUGGGUCGCGGGGAGCGCGGCGGGUCGGGGGGCGACCGCGACGACGCCUCCUCCACCGGCUCCGAGCGGCUGUACGAGCAGGACAUCGCUAUCCUCAACCGCUGCUUCGACGACAUCGAGAAGUUCAUAGCGAGGCUCCAGCACGCGGCGGCGGCUUCCAGAGAGCUGGAGCGGCGGAGGCGGUCGCGCGGCAGGAGGAGCGCAGGCGCCGGUGCCGGAGAGGGAAUGCUCGCUUUGAGAACGAGACCUCCGCCCGAAAGAGACUUCGUCGACGUCCUGCAGAAGUUCAAGCUGUCGUUCAACCUUCUGGCCAGGCUCCGCGCUCACAUCCACGAUCCGAACGCGCCGGAGCUGGUGCACUUCCUGUUCACGCCGCUGGCGCUGAUCGUGGACGCGGCGCAGGACGCGGCGGACGGGCGGCUGCCGGCGCGCGUGGUGCAGCCGCUGCUCACCAGGGACGCGCUCAACCUGCUCGCCAACUGUGUCACCAGCAAGGAGACCGAGCUCUGGCACUCGCUCGGCGAUGCAUGGCUCAUGCCCAGAGAGCAGUGGAAGACCCCCAUCCCACCCUACCACCCCGUGUUCAUGGACGGGUGGUCGCCCGACUACCAGGUGGACGACCAACCUUUACGCAGACCGUCGCCACGUCGCAGCGACGCGGGCCCCGGGCCGGCCGAGGCGCGGGCGGGGGUGGGGGCGGGGGCGGGGGCGGGCGCGGGCGCGGGCGAGCGAGCGGACAGCGCCGCCUAUACGUACGAGCGCGACGAGCGAGACGAGCGGGCCGACCUCUACGGCGACCAAUACGCGCCUUACACCAGUGGACGCACCUUGGCUCGGGAGGACUCCGGAUCAGCGGCGUCGUCGCCCGAUCGAGAACCUCCGUACCGCACUGAUGAUGACGAUCUGGGCGAGUCGUGGGCGCGCGGCGUGUCGGCGCGGGGCGGGCGCGUGGUGCGCGUCACGUACCCGCGCACCGCCAACAACGACAAGGAGCUCACCGUCCUCAGGGGGGAGUACCUCGAGGUGCUGGACGACUCGCGCAAGUGGUGGAAGGCGCGCAACCGGCGCGGGGUGACCGCGCACGUGCCGCACACCAUCGUGGCGCCCGCCUUCUCGCCGCCCGCCUCGCCGCACCUCUACCCCAACCCCAUCUACACGCACUACCAGGAGGGUCGAGUGUCUGGCGGAAGCAGUCCCACCGGUCCCCCGGGUAGGACCAUAGCGAGUGCGGCCCGCGACAUCCGCGAGGCUCGCGAGUCGCGGGACAUGCAUGUGCGGGACGGGCGCGAGGGGCGGGAUGCGCGGGAUAUGCGGGACGGGCGCGAGGCGCGGGAUAUGCGGGACGGGCGCGAGGCGCGGGAUAUGCGGGACGGGCGCGACGCGCGGGAUAUGAGGGACGCGAGGGACGGGCGGGAAGGUCGCGAGGGACGGGACGCGGGCGCGGGCGGCGCGGACUGGAUCCGUCGCGAGCGGCUCGGCAAAAAGGGCGAAUUCCGAUACUUCUAGCGCCGCCAUUCCACUCCUAAAGGCGAUUCUGUAAAAUCAAAUCUCACUUCAGAGUUCGAUAAAACCAAUUCCACGCAUGCACGUCACAUUCGUGUUGACCAUUUGUAAACUUUACAGCAGUAUUUCCUUCUCAUUUGAUAGGAAACGAAAAAGAGACUGCCGUCUAGUUUAUAGCAAAUAUGAAUAGCCAUGUGAAGUGCCGACAUUAUAGACACUUGUUUUAUAUGCAUUACGUCAUAACACGGCAAAAUGGCGCAAUGACGGUCGAAAGAGCCAGUAAUAGAUUAUUUACAACUGUCAAAAAUUAUUGUUGUAUUAUUUUUAUGCAAUAAAGAGUAUAGUAAUAAAAAUUCGAAUUAACGAAAUCUUAAGUGAGAUUUGCACAUUACAGAAUACCUAAGCUGUACACCCACGCAUUUAAACGUUCGCUCGGGCGCGAAAACAAAACGCGAUCUAUGAUAUCAGAGCGACUUGUAAAAUUUUUCAUAAUAAUUAUAAUUAUACCAAAAAAUUACUCUCGUAAGUUUUUUAUCAGAAUUAUAAACUAUCGGAGACUGCUAUUUAACUUAAAAGAGUAUAUUACUCCUACUGUUUCUGCCAUAGCUGCAUCGGCAUUGUGAACUGCUCGUCUUCGCAUUUCCAAGUAGCGUUUGGUAUUUAUAACUGUAACUUAUGUAGUAAUGUUAGUGGUACAGUGGAGCGAGUGGCGGCGCGGCCGCUGUGUGUUGCUUGUGUUCUAAUCUGUGUAUUGUGCGUGUGCCCUGUGGAUGUCAUCCGACUAAAUAUUGAUACGAUCACAUCAUCUACCACAUCUAUUUUACCGUUUGCAUUUAUUUUAAAAUAUACUAUAUCCUUUACUUAAUCCUAUUUUUCGGUCAUAUCAUAUUCUCUGUUAGUUUCGUCUACUACAGAUAUCAAUAUUUAGUCGCUAAAACCUAUGCGAUGUGUGGUAUUAUGAUGUGUUACAGUGAAAACACAAUCGCAUUCAUCGCUCUAGUGUGACUGUAAACUCUAUACCAAUGUGUGUAAAAAACAUGUUGACAAAAAGUGACAAAACUGAACAGUGAUUUACAUUCCAAUAGCAAAAUUUUAUUACCAGAAAAUUUGAGAUUAUGAGUUGUGUCACUUUUUGCAAGGGGUACCUACCAGUGUGAUGUGCAUGGCAGCUCCGUAAAGAAGUACUUAUUACUGUUUUAUCUUAUUAUAAAGAGUCUAUUGCCGGCGGCCGCGCAAUACCGACGCCAGCGCAGCAAACGAGUCAGAUAUUUAAUGAGAAAGCUAUGAAAUUGUAAAUGAUUAAGUAUAUGAUUCUAAAUGAUAUUAAUAUAUUGUGUAAGGAGCGGGCGCCCGCCGCCCCUCCACCAACAAACUAGAUAAUGCUCCGUUUGUAUUUAAGUACACUUUUAUACAUUAAAUUUUUU